AUGGCGACCCCGUGGCCCCAGGACGAAAUUUGGCCCACUGAUUACCGAGAGCACGCCACAAAUUUGAGCAAAUAUCUUCAAAAGGCACUGUCAGCCAUCGACAACGGAGAUCGUCUGCCUGUCGCAUCCCGUGGAGUUCGAGUUGCACUUAUUGGAGCUCUCACCCUCAUCGUCAAAAUGCAGAGCACACCCGAUCUUGGUCACGUUUACGAAGCCGUGAAAAACGGCCAAGCUGAAAUAAAAACCGCAGCCGAAAAUUUAGCGCAACACAUCAACAGCCUCAAAAAUGAUCUCAAUGAAAGAAACACCAAAGCUGAGCAAACCAUGGAAGAAGUCCAGCGCAGUUCGGAGAUUACGACAGAUGCAAAAGCGGCUGCAAAGGAGGCCACAGAGAUCGGUAAAGCAACGAUGAAAAUGAUCAGAGACAUGAAGCUCGUAAGCCAGCAGAACCAAGCCAACGCCAUGCCUACCUACGCCAACGUGCUGGCGAGGGGAGGGCUAGUGGCAAGCAUGCAUAACCCACAGAACCAGAAAGCGUCACCUGUUCAGACCCUGCGUGAGAUUAUCAUCAACAUCAGAGACCCUGUCACUAUAGCCAACAUCAGAAUGAUGAGCCCACGAAGCCUGAAGUCACAUGUAGACCUCGCAAUUGAGCAAAGCAGCAACGAACACAUAGAGAACAUCAAGGUAAUAUCCUCCAAUCAGCUUAAGAGCGGUGACCUGAGCAUCAAGACGGCCACUACAGCGGACAUGGUGGCGCUUAGACAGUUUGCGGAAGACUGGGAACAAAGGAUCGGAAACGGCGCCACAGUACGCAUUCCGACGUACGGUGUCUUGGUGCAUGGCGUACGCACUAGUUCGAUGAACAUGGACAAUUUUGAACUCAUCAGAGAUGGGAUACUUCAGGAUAACAAGCCCUUUAUACCAAAUGCAGAGAUCAAGUACAUAGGCUGGCCGACGAGAUCUUCGUCUACCAAAUCAGCAUCUUCGGUCGUGGUUGAGUUCACGAGACCAGAAGACGCAAAUAAAGUCAUCGAUGAGGGCCUCAUCUGGCAAGGCGAGGUAUUCCAAUGCGAGCUCUAUGACAGACAGUGCCGUGUGAGACAAUGCUUCCAGUGUCACAAAUACGGCCACAUAGGAACCCAGUGCAAAGCAACAAUAACAUGCGGCUACUGCGCGCAAGAUCACGCCACCCGGGAUUGCCCAACCAAGAGCGACAGGGACGCCCCGCGAAAAUGCGCGGCCUGCAACGGCCCGCACGAAGCCUGGAACAACCAAUGCCCUACCAGGAAACAGGAGGCGAACAAGGCCAAAGCAGCCUCUAAAUCGAGACCCAGGUACCAGGUACCACUUAGAACUAGAAAACUUUGUCGCCAGGACCACGACCGGAAUUAG